AGAUGAAAACGGCCAAUAUUCAAAAAGGGCUAAUAAAGUUUCUCAGGGGCACAGGGCUGUUGGACAGGAUAUAGGAAGAGGGUAAUUCAUUAGUAUUUAAUUUGUUUGUUAGUAUUUAAUUUAUCCAAUUUUUUGGUUUGGGUUUUGUCUACACUCUGGGUGUGUGUUUCACUGGUUGUCAGGAGGGAUUCAGGGAUUGCUUUUAGUCUGUAACUGCCUAAACUCGUGCUAAACCGUCGGUCCAGUAGAUGGCGGUAAUACCCCACGGUACCGAGGGGUAAACUGCCAAUAAACAAAAAGAAGAAGAAGAAGAAAACUGCCACUUAUGGUCGUAGGUUCUUCUCUGUGGAUAUCUGGGAAAAUGUCGGGGUGCUCCAUGCCCCAUCUUCCUCCUCCUCCGCCAGCCCUUCCACCUUCAACUGGAGCAAGCCAAAACUCAUCAGAAAAGAAGAAGUUGUAUCAGACAAUCGGAAGCAACAGAAGCCCAGUGGAAGGAGACUACACGGAGCCGCUCCUGAUCAUCCGCCAUCGGGAGAGCAGUUUCAGCCGAGCGCUCCACUGGACUCUGGUAAAUACAUACGUGCCUUCCCUCAUCCAAGAUGGCCCACAGUGUGGCCUGGUGGCCUUGUGGAUGGCUGCUCAUCUGCUGCGACCAUCCAUCGACAUGGGUGCCAUCUUUCAGGCUGCUCUUGCUAGGGGCUUCACAGCACAGGGUGAAAUGUUCUCAGCGAGAAACAUGGCGUUGCUGGCCGAGGAAGUGUGCGGAUGCAAAGCGGAGCUUCUGUCAGGACGUUUGAGUGGCCGCAAUGCCACCAGGAUCAUCAAACACUUGUGGAACCGACAGCCUGUUCUCAUCCCAUAUGAUGAAGACUACAACCAUGAGCCAUGCCAACGUAGUGGACACAAAGCACACUGGGCUGUUGCGUCGGGUGUUCUUCUGGGUAUGGACCAGGGUGACCCGGGCACAGAUAUCACCCAACCCGACCCCACUCUGCCAUGGAUUCACCUGCUCCAAGAUUUUAGCUCACCUUCAACAUGUCCCUCUGCAGACAACUCUCAUCUCAAAGAGGUUUAUAUCUUGGCAAAGCAGGGGAAGAGUUUACGCUACCAGUUGUGGAACCUGGACGAUGUCAUCCGUAGCAACGAGCAGCUCAGGGCGUUGGACCCGCAGAGAUGCGGGGAUGGAACAAUGUAUGUGCUUCCUCAAGGAGGGGUGGAAGCUGGGCUGGCUGGACAGGCUGUUUUGCUGCAUGUAAGGACACUGUGUGAUAGUAAAGCACAUAAAAUGGACUUGAAUUCUCUGCAAUGAUAGUGUUUGUUUAUAAUGUGGCAAAAAUACUUCAUGGUUCUAACCUCAUAAGUACAGUAUAUCACAAAAGUGAGUAGACCACCCGCAUUUCUGACGAUUUUUAAGUAUAUCUUUUCAUGGGACGACAUUGACAAAAUGACAUUUUGACACAAUGAAAAGUAGUCUGUGUGCAGCUUAUAUAAUUUAUUUUCCCCUCAAAAUAUAGUCAUUAAUAUCUAAACCCCUGGCAACAAAAGUGAGUCCACAGCAUGGGAACUACGUACAUCCCUAAAUGUCCAAAUUGAGUACUGCUUGUCAUUUUCCCCCCAAAAAUGUCAUGUGACUCAUUACAGGAGUGCUGUCAGGAUUGCUGCAGAUUGAAGUUGGGGGGGGGGGGGGUGUCAUUCCCACCACCAUGCUUGACUUAAGCCAUGACACACUUAUCUUUGUACUCCUCACCUGGUCGCCGCCACACACGGUUGAGACCACCAUCCCGAUCGUUUUAGUUUGAGUAUCUGCCGAUCCCGAUAUUUCCCGAUCCGAUUGCUUUUUUUUGCUCCCGAUUCAAUUCCAGUCAUUCCCGAUAAUUUUUUCCGAUCAUAUACAUUUUGGCAAUGCUUUAAGAAAAAAAUUAGUGAAACUCGGACGAAUAUAUACAUUCAACAUACAGUACAUGAGUACAGUAUUUGUUUAUUAUGACAAUAAAUCCUCAAGAUGGCAUUUACAUUAUUAACAUUCUUUCUGUAAGAGGGAUCCACGGAUAGAAAGACUUGUGACUUUGUAUAUGGAGACUAAAUAUUGCCAUCUAGUGUAUUUGUUGAGCUUUCAGUAAAUGAUACUAUAGCCAUGCCCAAAUGCAUGAUGGGAAGUGAAACCAUGACUGUGCGUAGUGCUACCAAUUGAUAUAUCUUCUCUGUGUUGGGAAAUAACAUAAGGUGUUAAGAAAAAGAUCAGUUGCUACCUUGCUUCCCCACAUUGCUUCCCAUGAUAUUUCUAAUCGUAGGGAGAGGGAUUGUAAGGCUUUAGCCAAUUAAAAAAAGGUUCCAAAGGCUGUCAAAAUUCACUUUACUCAUUCUACGCAGCCUUUUAUCUCUCUAUAUAGGUAAAACGGCGCCAUUACAAAUUGAGCGCGACAAUGCGUAAGUAGGUCGUGCAGCGCAUGCAUUAAUUGCGUUAAAUAUUUUAACGUGAUACAUUAAAAAAAAAAAAAAUUACCGCUGUUAUCGGGAUAAAUUUGAUAACCCUACCUUAAGCCUAAAGACUCUGGAUGAGUGUAACAUUAUGUCUGUAACGUUAAAUACAAUUAGAAAACGAUUUAAUUAAAAGAUAUAUAUAUUAGGACUGUCAAACGAUUAAAAUUUUUAAUCGAGUUAAUUACAGCUUAAAAAUUAAUUUAUCGCAAUUCAAACCAUCUAUAAAAUAUGCCAUAUUUUUCUGUAAAUUAUAUAUAUAUUCUGAUAAGACACAAGAUGGAUAUAUACAUUCAACAUACGGUACAUAAGGACUGUAGUGGGCAUUUCACUCUACUAUCAUUUUAAUCUGUCUAUGCUGUCCUCACUCCGAAGCGUCUACUUUUUCCAAAGCUAGACAGCUAGUGAGUGACGCCUUAACAAUCAGACUUCUUCCUUUUUCAUCUAAUUUAUUAAUAAAAUGGCCUCAAACCACUGUCCUCUUUAGACCGUAGUGAAACUACAAAAAAAAGUACACAAGCAUUGCAUUAGCAACAACGUUAGCUUAGCACGCUAUACAGGUUGACUAAACAUAAACAAAAAGCGUCUCAUACAAAAAAUAGAACAUUUCGCUUACUAACAUAAUAUGUACAUUCUUUACAACAACCAUACUUACGGACAAAUCUUGUCCAAGGAUCAUAUAAGCACAACAUUACAACGUAGGCGUCAGCCCGAGACGUCGUGCAGCCAUAUUGAACUGGCAAGAAAGCAAUAGACCAUGUCGCAAAGCGACCACAAGAGUUCGCUGUUAGCACAAAAAACCUUGCUGUAAAACUUACCAAAAGGCAGAAUACUGUCUGAGCGGGACAUGUGCGUUAAUUGCGUCAAAUAUUUUAACGUGAUUAAUUAAAAAAAAUUAAUUACCGCGCGUUAACGCGAUAAUUUUGACAGCCCUAAUAUAUAUUAAAAAAAGGCAUGGCCGAUAUUUUUUUUGCCGAUACCGAUACCCGAUCGAUCAGCAUCCCGGUCGAUCGGGACAUCUCUAGUUUAGAUAUUAAUGGCUAUAUUUUGAGUUAUUUUGAGGAGAAAAUAAAUGAACUCGAGUAUGUAAGCUGCACACAGACUACUUUUCAUUGUGUCAAAGUCAUUUUGUCAGUGUUGUCCCAUGAAAAGAUGUUCUUAAAUGUCUGCAGAAAUGCGAGGGGUGUACUCACUUUUGUGAUACUGUAACUUCCUCUUUGGCCUGGGUUUAGCCAACCGCAGUCUAGACGCAUUUUAGCAAUAAAUUAACCUAAUCUUGUCCUUUUUACGUUCACCAUGUGAUGCCUGGCAGUAUUCAGGAAGAUAUUGUCUCCAGAUUGCUGCAUAUCAGAUUUUUUUCUCUUGCUAUGUAUGAAUUUCAAUGGUUGGUCAAGUACAUGAGAAAGAAAGGGGGGGGGGACAUUCUCUGCUAAGUCUUAUUUCCAGUUUAUUGCAAUCCGUUACCUUGAUGGCAAAGACAAUUCCAUUAUCAAAUGUAACCUGUUAUUGCAGUUAAACUCCACUCAAAAAUACACUUGUGCUUACAGAGUAUAAACCAAGGUAAAUCCAGAGUAAAUCCAGUUUCCUCAUACUAGAAAGCACCCGGUCAGGAGGAGGUUAGAAAAACAAGAACAUGAUAACGGUUUGACAUGCAUGGAAGAAGAAGUAUAAUACUUUGUAAACAAGUCAUUAUUGACUUUAGCGAGAUGACUGAUUUGCUGUGUGGACUUUUAACACACACAAAAACACAAGGUCAUUUAAUGUAGCACGUCAAUCAAACUUUUUCACCAUGUGUUACGCUAUUGCCAUUACUUCCUGUUUACAGUAAACUCAUCGUCCAGUUAAAAGGUUAGAUGAUACAAAAUGGUGAAAAUUGACAUAAGUGGUCACUUAUUCACCAAGUUCCAGUUUUAAAAUGGUCCUUAAAACUUUUGUAUAGCUCUAAUAUUGCUUUAAACAUCACAUUUCUUUAGGAUGUGCAUGUGUUACCCAACUACUGUAUCAAAAAAAGAGGCACGGCCCGUCUUGAUCGAUGGCUUUCAUAAGGAUGCUUAGUGCAACAAGUUCCAAACAAACGUAGUUGAUGUUUGUAUUUAGAAGGGGAAAAAAUGUAUUCAUCACUGUUUUAUAAAGAGGGUGCAAGAAAAAUAGAAGGAAUGGUCUUUCUUUUAAAAAUGUAGGCACAUAAUAUGAACAAGGAAGGUAAAAGCCAGAAAAAAAAUUAAAUAAACUUGUAUUUACACUAGUCAGUUGACACAUGGUUGAAAAACCAGUGUUUUAGUGUUGCUGCGUAUUGAAACGCAAAAUGAAACAAGGCAAAAUAACCCUUGGGGAGGCGUAAGGGCUUGAAUCCACUUAGAUGAAAAAGUCCUAUCUUGCUUUAAGUGGAGUGAGUCCGUAAUCUCCGAUUCUUCCAGUUUUUCUGUCAAGAUGUCUCAACGUCUUCUGCUCACGAGGCCUGAGGAAGCAUGGAUCCCAAGAUGUCUAUGAGGUUGUCCAAUCCCCACAAGUAGCCGUCCUCCUGGUUGCCCUCUACCCAGGGGGUCCGGUGGUCCAGGGUUUUGUGGGCGGGCAGGGGCACAGUCUUUCCGAAGUCGAUCAUCCACACGCGGGCCUUUCCCGAGGAGUCGUGCACAAACAGCAGAGAGCUGCCUACCACCUGCAAAUAAAAAGUAUUUACACUCUGCACGUGAAAUAAUUACAUCACAUUCAUGGUCACAGAAUAAAUUACAGUGGGGCAAAUAAGGAUUGAGUCAACCACCCAUUGUGCAAGUUCUCCU